UCAGAGGUAAACCCAGUCUCAUGGCACACUUGUCUGUGGAGCCAGGUGAACGAUAACUUGAACUGGUCGUUAGAACCGCGGAAUAACACCAGUGGACAACUUCAAUCACCAUGCCACCCAAGAAAAAGGGAGAGCGUCAGGAUUCAGAUGUCGUUGAGGAAAGAAACGCCCAGGUGCAGCUGGAGAAGGCCAAGUACAAGCCUGUGGCAUUUGCUGUGCGUUGCAACUUCUCUUACACUCCAGCAGACGACGACAACGUCCCCGUACCGGGCCAGGCUGUUACCUUUGAGGCCAGAGACUUCCUACAUGUCAAAGAGAAAUUCAAUAAUGAAUGGUGGAUCGGGCGGCCGGUGAAGGAGGAUGGUGUGGUGGGCUUCAUCCCCAGUCCAGUCAAUCUGGAAACCAUUCUCAUCAGAAGAGAAGUCCAGGCGAGGAAAGCUGCCAAGGCCUUAGCCAACAAAGCUGCCUCUCAAGCAGCUCAAGAUAUGAACUCAAAGAAAUACACUCCUCCAUCACAAGCCAAUCAGCAAGUGAAAAAGAAACCGGGGGAGCAGGUGGCUAUGUAUGAUGUAGUGCCUACAAUGCGUCCUGUGGUUCUAAUGGGACCAUCACUGAAGGGCUUAGAGGUGACAGAUAUGAUGCAAAAAGCACUAUUUGACUUUUUAAAACAUCGAUUUGAAGGCAGAAUUACUAUUACACGGGUCACAGCAGACAUCUCUCUGGCUAAACGGUCCAUCCUCAACAACCCUGGCAAAAAGGCCUUAAUGGACCGGUCCAACACCCGCUCUAAUUUAGAUGCUGCCGCCCAGAUCCAGGGGGAGGUGGAGCGUAUCUUUGAGCUCGCCCGCAGCCUGCAGCUUGUAGUCCUAGAUGCAGACACAGUCAACCACCCUCUCCAGGUGUCCAAGACCUCCCUGGCUCCAAUCCUGGUCUAUGUCAAGAUCUCCUCACCAAAGGUGUUGACCAGACUGAUCAAGACAAGAGGGAAGUCUCAGACCAAACACCUUAAUGUGCAGCUGGUGGCAGCAGACAAGCUCGCCCAAUGUCCGCCGGAAAUGUUUGAUGUCAUCUUAGAUGAAAACCAGCUAACAGAUGCCUGUGAGCACAUCGCUGAUUAUCUGGAGUCCUACUGGAGAGCCACUCAUCCACCAGAAAUGGAGCCUACCAAUGCACUGGUGGCCCACCUGGCCGAGAAUACACUGCCCACCAAUCCUUCAGGAAUAACGUUGCUGAAAUGAGAUAGGUCUACCUCUGGAUGAGCAGAAGAACAAGAAGACAGCGGCUCCGAAGAGGAAGGGUUCUCAUGAGAACCACCUAGACCAGGACCCCCC